AUGCUUUUUAGUGAAGACGUUUUGAUGCUAUCGAAUAGUUUUACCGAUAUAGGCACACUGAACUGGUAUCUAGGAAUUUGUGUGUUGUUGUCAUGGGUGGCAGUGUUUCUAUGCCUUUUUCAAGGAGUAAAGUCAAGUGGAAAGGUAGUCUACGUUGUAGUUGUACUACCAUUCAUUAUCCUCAUAGUAUUACUUGCUCGAUUGCUAACCCUUGAAGGCUCCCGAGCGGCUCUUUGGCAUUUUCUGAGGCCAGACUGGUAUGUUCUCAAAGAUCUCACGGUGUGGGGAGAGGCCGCCGUACAUGCAUUUUAUUCGGUCUCCUGUUGUAUUGGAGGCCUCUACACAAUAUCGAGUUAUAAUCGCUUUCAUAAUAACCUGUUCAAGGACAUCUGGAUUAUCCUCACGGUUGAUGUACUCACGUCAAUAGUCUCUUGUGUACUAACAUUCUCGGCAAUUGGGUUUACAUGUUUUGAAUUCUCUAUCUCUUUGGAUAAAUUCCAAAUACGAGAUGGAGUACAUUUGAUUUUUGUAUUUCUUGCCGAAGCACUUGCUGGAGUACCAGUGGCACCGCUAUACACUGGCUUAUUCUUUUUGAUGGUUGUGCUUAUAGUGCAUUCAACACAGCUUUUUGUGGUAAGUGAUUGCUCAUUUUCUCAUUUCUGUAACUAGAU